AUGGACGACCAUUCGGUGGUGCAGGUUUGGCGUGAGAUAAAUGGAGUCACUGAUGAUGGUGAUUUUGCCUGUUUCUUCAGUUCGUUUGAAGAGGCCAAGCAGGAGGUGGGCGACCUCAUUGCCUUUGCAUGGCAGCAAGCUCGGCAGCAGGCCGAGGGCGGAGUGGACAAGGUGGUCCAAGCCAUGUUGGCUCGCGAGGAGAAGCCAAGCCCGCCGGCCCCUCAGGUUAGGCGGCAGGUGGAGAAACCACCAUCUCCGAAGGAGCCGUUCCGCCAGUCGUUACAAGAGAUUGCGGUGAGUGCCAGUUGGUUCAAGCCUGGCCAAGGAGAGACGCAAGAUGAUGUUAUCAGGGCCAUGCAGCCCAUGCUUACGUCGUUGUUGGAACAGACUGAGGUUCCCACUCUGAAGCGAGUGGUGGCUACCUGGGCCGAGUUGGCCAACUGGGGCGAAUCCCUCGGUAUCAACAACAUGCAGUAUGUUUCCGCCAGCCAGCUGAGCCGAUUUUACCAGGAGUCGAAAGCUCCUUCCCGUGUCCUCCCAGCCAUGCAAUGGAUGCGCAACAACCUGCGCGUGCCAUGGGACCUUUCGCUGUGCGUGGGGCGCGGCGAAGGGGAGACAUGGUGUUGGUGCUCGCCAGCACCCACUGCUGAGCCAGCUAUGCUGUGGGCCCUAUUGGAAGCAGUUGCACAUGCCACUCAGAAUGACACUGCAGCUGCGCCGGCCCUGGUGGUGACCUAUCUUCAGGUCUUUGGCUGCCUUCGGGUCGAGCAUGUGCACCGCUCGAAAGUGCUGAAGGUCCCCGCCGAUCACUUCAUCAACCAGACCGCCGAGGCCAUCGGGUUCGACAUUGAGACUCGGAAGAAGCUGCGAGCGAAGUCCAUUUUGGACACGGUGUUCCCCCACCCACUACUGGCCUUGGGGAACUGGGUGGACAAGCCGGCUGCUGCCCAGCGCAGCCAGAUGCCGUUGCGCUACACAGGGGCCAAGCAGUUCUUGGCGCUGCAGGCAAAGCAUGCUUUCAUGUUUGCCAUGAUGUCCCUCACCCAGCUGUCCAAGAAGGUUCUCAAGUGGGAUGAUCUUGGGCACAAAAGUCGAGGCUUCAAGGCCAUGCAGCAGCUGUCGAAGAAACAGCGAGAAGUCCAGGUCGCUGAAGAGGAGGAAGAGCUUCCGUUCCUCCCAGUCGAGGAGCCGGUGCUGGAGCCAGGCGAUGAUGCGUACUUUGAUGAACUCGCCGCCAAAAGGUUCAUUUCAGCUAAGGCCGACAAGUCCUUGUGGCACGUGGUGCCCGUCGAUUUCAACUCAGAUGCGCCCAAGCCCGGUUGUCAAUGGAAGAAGCAUUCUUUAAGAGCAAUGUCUGCUUUGCGGACUCUGUGCAAGCCCCGCUGA